GCACAAAACACGUUAUCUUGCAACUGGUCGAUGACAUUUUCACGGUUCACACAAUUCCGAAAUACAUCUAUGUGCCCAGACCGGGAUCUACAGUUGUGCAGGUUCUCAACUUACUAGUGCAUCCACGUGUCUCUGAGCUUGAUUGUCCUUCGGACCUCGAUAUUCACCUCAAUAUUCAUCUCAAGAUCUUCCGCCUCCAGCUGUUUCGUGUCGAUUUCAAGUACAUCUGCUGCUCAAACUCACAGCUUAAAGGAUUCAAUCGCGUGCAAACAACGCGUCAAUCAUACGUUGUUCACGUGAUCAUGGCGCUGAAUGAUAGGGCUGUCUGGACUCUGCAUGCUGUUGAAGGUAUAACAACAUUAAUGCUUGUGAUCGGCCACGUAUGAAGUUGGUCUCUGCGUUUACCUUUCAAGUACAAUAUUGGUAACAUUCGAAAUUGGCUGCGAGCGUGAUGUCAGACACUCACUUUCGGAGUAUACUGAUUGUCGUCCUGCCAAUUGCAGAGUACUAUUUCAGGAUAAAGUUGUCGCUGCUAUUGCAAUUACUUCUUCGUGCACUGGAUCCCUAUGCCCUUAUCGACGCCGGUCACGAGGAGGCUGUACAACAACGUUGUCGUGACAUUCAUGCUAGCUUUCUUGGCUCUCCUCUUCUUCCUUCCAUUCACGCCCCCCAUCUCAUAUCGCGGACAUUUCUCUCAUUACGAUGAAAGUAGAGCAAGCACUCAAGCAUAUAGAAGCAGACUCGGCCUCCAUUGCGCUCCGGAAUACCCUUUGUGGUAUAAGUACGCCUUCAAGCAGGGCCAUCCUACGGUUCCGCAAGGUAGUCAAACAGGGUCUCAAACAUAGCAGAAUUCAUGAGAGGUUACAUGAAAUCGAUACGAUAUUUCAAGACCAGUACUCCUUCAUCCCGAGGGAUUGUUAUCAAGACCUGCUCGGAUUUCAAAUGAUAGGACUAUAUGCAGAUAAUGUCAGACAACGAGCGGUGGAACUGCUGCUUCUAUCUAUGCAGCAAGGCCGUCCGCUAUUGUAUUUCGUCGAGACGUUAUUGGAAUUGCCCACUGUGCAGACACAGCUCUUCCUACGACAAUUAUUUGUCUUUCAGCAAGCCGGAUGGUCAUCUAUAUCUGCUGUGCCUGACGUUGGCCAAGAGAAAGCUGCAGUUUGUCAAACUCAGCCAAAUGAUAAGGUCAACUCCAUAACAUCUAGUUAUCGCGAAAUUGUACGCGAAAUCCUCAAGCAUCGUCCUUUCGUCCUCCAUGGAAUUUUCGACGUUCCCCAAUUCAUCUUCUUGCAAACGGCGGACUCUCUGAACAUUACUGACAACAAAUCGGAAAAUGCAUCGCCUCAUAACAUACCCUCGUUAUCUCCCCUCUUCGAUUAUCUUGGCGCUGAAUCUCGGAAUGGACGCUUGGACGGGUGGAAGCUGCCUGUCGCCGCUCGAGAUAUCCUCGAUUUCAUCGCAACCGCUUCUCCUGAAGCGCAGCUUAGCAUUGCACGAUAUAUCCUGUCCGCGCUUCGGCAUUGCCUUUCUCCUGAGGCUGAUGCCAAGAAGGAUCCGUCAUUCCUCUCUUCACGCAGCUCAAUGGAGAAGGUGUCAACUCUCGAUUCAAAGGAUAUGGACGUCAAGGCAGAAUCGUUCCCUUCGUUUAUUCACCCUCGCGUGGGACCUUCUAGGACUGCUACGAUGUCUACUGAUUCUACUGAUUCCUCAUUCCACCCUUCGCUCCCUUUCUUGUGGUUUGCAGUUCACUUGGGUUUGCGAAGUGAAGAUGCUUUCGACACAUUCAUAUCUGGAGACAUCCUUGAUCUUAUGAAACAGCUGUGGAGUCCUGGCCUUCCCGACUACGCGGAAGCACACGUUCUAAAUGGCAGUUUGACUAGAUCUGCUGUUCGUGAUGAUCUGCGAUUAGUCUGUUGUUUCAUGUUAGGUGUUAUCUCUGCUGUGGAUUCAUCCCUGUCCCUACCACAACGUCUUCAUGACGAGGAACAAGAAUGGUUUUAUGAUGUGUUUUACACUUUCGUUUCUCGCUAUGAGUUCAUCAACGCCCUCAUAGCAUCGGUGCAUCCGCACCGUUCGUCUGCCGAUCUUCAAGCUUUCUACUCGCUGCUUCUAGCCGAUCUUGGUGGGGAUGUGAAAAUCGGACCUGAAGAUUGGCGUUGGGACAUCUUCCUCACCGAGCUGUAUGAACGUCGAGAAGUACAUGUUGCAAAUGCAUUAAUUCAGCUUUCAGAUGCGGAGCUGAAGCAGAAAGUGUUACGACAAGCAGUUGAGGCAGCUCAGUUCUCCAAUAUAGUGACGCGUUCAAGACAUCGAAAGUCAAGCGGACUGAUGUGGCUCGUCAAUGAGCUGGUUCAUCAGGAGGCUGGGUUACUUUCCCAAACAUUGGACAUCAAUACUAUCGUAUUCAUAUUCAUGCCCAUGAAAGGAUCAGUGCCCACCGACGAAUACGACCUUCCCCUAUUCUUCCAAGAAUUUCAAGAUCCCCGGAAACAGGCGGCGCAAUUCAUUGGAUACGAUGGUCAUGAACUUCCGCGAAAUGUUCGGUACUUCUUGAAUUAUCUCCGGGUUGCGCCGCCCGAACAGCUCCUCAGCGUGUCCACGAGCAUCGUUGAAUCAUUGAAGGCCCUUCCAAAUUCUGUUCUUCCUCCUAGUUACUCGCGUUUAGGCGAACGUGAAAUGGAGGAAGAAGCCCUCCGUCACAAGGAGAAGAGCGCGGUUAUGUGUCUUCAAUUAUUGGAGUUCACCGCAUUCUUGGCGCUUCUUGUGCCGGAAGCCAUUCGAUUGAUACUGCAAGCAGACCUCGUAGAUGUGACGUUGCAGCUGUGCGCAACCUCAGCGGCAUUCUUCCCAUCUGUCCAACUUGAAGGUUACACCGGAACAAGCGUCAUGGCCUGUGAUCUCAUCUCUGCCCAAUGUUUAUGGCUCCUUGGAGUACUCGCCUCUCUUGAUAUGGACGAUACUGUGCGCAGGAUCCAAGAAAGCGAAUACUCAGCGUACUCUGUCGGAUCGUCAUUUGAGUGUGCUUUGGCAGCUCAGUUUUCCAUGAAGGAGCCUUCCAUCAACGUUCGUAGCUCGAUUGUUAAGCUAUUGGCUCAGAUUUACGAAGCCGAGCCGGGACCCCCCGGGCCACUGUAUCCCUUGCUGGAUGACUCAAAUUCGAAACAAGAGCUCAUUCAGUCAAGAACUCAGUGGCAAGACAUGCUCUCCGUCUUCGGGAUGGAGGACGCCGCACUGGAGUGGAAAAUGGGUGCAGCCACGGAAGUGCUGAAGUUCUGCGCUUUUACCCCUCGUCAAUCUUGGAAUACGGUCUUCACAAGAGGGCUUGUGACUUACCCUUCGCUCCACCGCGUCAUACAGUUUAUUAUUCGAGAGUACCUGGGUUGCGAGAGCGAAACUACUGUCACAAUAUGGGAUGAGGUACAACUUGCCCUGAAUCAGAUGCGGAAGAAGUCACAACAGUAUGGGUUUCAUCGUGUACAUCCCAUCGAUCGUUUCAUCCUAUUGGUUCAUCACAUCGGUAAUCAACUGCAAUGGUUUACCACAUGGCAUUCACGAUUGCCAGAGCUCGGUAUCCUGGAACUUUGCAAGCACUUAGUCCAAGGAGAAUAUGACUUUGAGGAUGUCGCAGCUGAAGUGAGCUUGCAGGAAGCGUCAAGCAGAAGGGAGCUGCGUGAUAUUCGACAGCGGAGAUUAGACUGGUUCAAGGGGAAAUUGGAUCCUGUGCAGUGUCGCCAACCGAAUAUCAGGCCCGUCGGAGAUACUGGCUCGUUAUUCCCUGCGAUCGAACAAGGAAGUUUUAUAGGUCAAUCGGCACAAAAAUCGUCUCAUGCCAAGGCGCGACCGAUCUUAGUUCUUCAUUCUUCCGAAGGGUAAGACUAGAACUUGCCGUCUCUGUCGAAUGUGGGCUGCAAGCGUUUGACAAAUAAUUCAUAUUCUUUGGCAUAUUUGAACUGGACUCUCAUCGUUCAAGGAUGGAUGAACUCGUACUACAUAUUCAAUUAGCGUAACUUCAUGAUAGACCUACAAUUACAUGUACUUUUCUCUGUAGUCCGCAACAAUGACCAUCCUACCAGCCCUCGAGCGCUGAGCAAUGCUUCGU